UUUGCCAUUACCUAAGUAAAUAGUUGGGUGAUUAGUCAUUUUCUUCGCAUAUUUUCAUUAGAGAUCGUACCUAAGGCGAUGGAAAAUAAGCGGAGCUGAUGUGUUUUUCAAGUGGAACCAACUUAUGAAAUCGCAUCAUGCUGAUUCCUGCUUUUUUGCUGAAUUUGGCGGUCGUAACAUUGUUUUUUACAAUAGUUUCAUUCAGUGCAUUAUUGUUGUGGCGAGAAAACAAACAUUCUCAUGAUAUCACUACAGUCCGCCCUACAACAACCAGUACUAGGAAACCGACAUGGCCGACAAUGAGUCCCUCAACAUCGCCAGGGCCAACAUUGAUCCCUCUGACAACGACAGGACCGAAAACGAGUUUUUCGACCCCGCCAGGGCCUUCAACACCGCCAGGGCCCACGACACCACCAGGGCCUACAACACCGCCAGGUCCUACAACACCUCCUGGGCCAACGACACCGCCAGGUCCUACAACACCUCCUGGGCCUACGACACCACCAAGGCCCACUACACCGCCAGGACCAAUGACACCGCCAGGGCCAACGACACCACCAUGGCCUACAACACCGCCAAAGCCUUCGACACCGCCAGGGUCUACAACACCCAGUACAGCGCCACCAAGCAUUACAACAACGCCUCCUACGGACCCUACAAAAGAACCAAAACGUCGACAAGUAUGUUACACUGAAGCCUGCCUUAUGGCUGAUGAAGAAUUCAAACGUAAAGUCUUGCCAAGUUUGGAUCCCUGCAAUGAUUUUUACCAAUUUUCAUGCGGAAGAAUGGAAUCAGAGAAUGAUAUAGCUUUGACAAAAAUGAUUAUUGAUGAAAGAUACAAUAAAUUACUUGAGAAAUCACAACCAGAUGAUAUUGAGUCGGUGCAGCUAGCCGAAAAACUGUAUCAGAAUUGCGUUGACGAAGGACUCGUUAACUUCUAUGAAAUCAGAAAUAUGCUAUCAAUUUUUCAAGCAUUAAGUAAGAUAACAGACAGUAGUUCCUUAUUGAAACAGUUUUAUGAAAAAGCGCUUGAUUUUGGAUAUCUUCCGAGAUCUUUGUUCAUAAUCGAUGUGGUUCAGCACCCUCGGAAAAGAGAUGCGAAAAUUAUAUUUAUAGGAAAACCGUCAAGUUCGAGACGUUUCUACGCAUGGCCAUUGGAUACUACAUCUAUGGAUAUAAAAUAUUUAAUAGAGUGGGUGAAAAAGUACAAAUUAACCACGUUUGAGGAAUACAUUUACGCUGACGAAUCCGAAUCACAAGAAAAAGAAAUUGAAGAAGCUUACACUAAGAAAGUAGGAGAUGUUGAUGAGGAACCAAUUGAAAUACCGCUUGGAAUAUUAGCAUCUGCUGCAAAUCGAAUUCCUUGGGAAGAUAUUAUACGUGCAGUUUUCAAGCCGACGGCUAUUCCUUCUGAUUUACCAGUUGUAGUAGAAUGUCUCUCAUGCUUGCUCAAGGUAUCGGCAUCGAAAGUUUUGUCCAAUACAGCGUCACUUGCAGCGUACUUGGUUCGGCACGGGUUUGCAGAUCAUAUAUUGGAUACUUCAGAAAAGGGAACUGAGUAUUGGUUUAAAGACCAAGCUGAAAAAACUGGACUCAAUGAACGUUUCAAAAAGUUGUUUUGUACUUCAAAAAUAGUCAGGUUAUUCGAAAAAGCGAUGGAUUACGAAUACAAUAAAAAAUAUCUUGAUGGAAAAAAGAAAGAUCCUUUAAAAGAAAUAAUCGUUCAGCUAAAAACUUCAUUUAAUAAUCUUGUGAUGGGAGCAAAACAUUUGGAUGAGACGGUAAAGGGAAAGUACCUGAAAAAAUUAGAGUCCUUGAGAUUCUAUACGCCUCUUGACGAAGUCAUGAAUGAUCAAAAUGCUGUAAAUGAGUACUAUGCUGACAUACUACUGGAAGUUGAACGUUACCCCCCGCCAGUGAAAAAAGUUAGAAGACACGUGAUCGAACAAACCGCCAGAGAAUUAUUCAAAAACAGCUCUGUACCAAUAUCGGCACCCAAGUAUAUAUUUGGAGAGAGAUUCGUGCACUAUGAUGGAGAUGUGAAUUCCAUUUACGUAUCCGUUGGUGCUUUACAUGAUCUUAUUUUCUCAACGGACAGAUCAGAGUUUUUGAAUUUUGGAGCUUUGGGAUCGAUCAUCGGAUAUGGGCUUUCUCAAUCUGUUGGUAGUGAAGGUGGUUCAUGGGCAAAGGAAUAUCAGUUCGUAGAUUCAGUUUCUAUGAUUGGUACUAUUGGUGAUGAAAAGCAAGAAGAUGAAAGAAGACAAUGUUUUAUAGAUUCUUUUAAGAAAAACAGCAAUACGACAACCAAUGAAAUUAAAGAACAUGCAAUUGUAUUCGAAAAUGACGGUGUGCAAAUCGCGUAUUACGCGUACUUAAGUGCUCGGGCCGGCUUGAAAGAUCAACAAGAUCUACUUUUACCUUCAUUUCAAAAUUACACUGAUAGUGAAAUGUUUUAUAUGAGUUACGCAAGUAUGGCAUGCUCGAGGGAUGCAAAACCAACCGAAAAAGAAGAUUACAUUCCACCAUAUACUAAAGUAAACGAAGUGGCCAAAACUAGCAUGGAUUUUGAUCGUGAAUUCAAAUGCGAAACGAUUCCGAUGGCGAAAUGUAACCUUUGGUUAGAAGUGCCAGGCAAAGUGGAAAAAUGAACUGCAUUUUACGACCUUUUCAAUUAAACCUAUUGAGUCGUCUAUUCUGCGAAACGAUUCCAAUGGCGAAAUGUAACCCUUGGUUAGAACUGCCUAACAAAGUGGAGAAAUUAAGUGCGUUUUUCGACAUUUUCAAGUAAACCUAUUGAGUCGCGUCUAUUCUACUCGUAUAUUCGAUGUAAUCAUGUAAGAUCACUCAGUAAGAGAACAUGCACACGUUAAAAAAAUAUAAAGAUGGAGAAAGUGUACGAACUAUGAAACGACAAUAAAAAAGGUGCUACUCAGA